ACGAGGCGAUGCAGACGGGAAGAUUUGCAUGCAGCAUACAAGAGAAAGAGCAGCCCGCCAUGGAGGUCAAGUGGUACACGGCGGGCCUGCUGGCCGCCGUGGCCGUGUUCAGCGGCACCUCCCUGCUGGUGUUCCACCACGUGUACGCCCUGCAGCCAACGCCCUUCAUCGACGAGGCGUUCCACAUCCCGCAGUGCCAGCAGUUCUGCGCCGGAAACUACACGCAGUGGGACCCCAAGAUCACCACGCUGCCCGGCCUGUACCUGCUGUCGGUGGGCCUGCUGGGCUACCUGUCCGGCCUCGAGCCGCCCUCCUGCACCGUCUACCUCCUGCGCAUGGUCAACCUCCUCUUCUCCGUCAUCACGCUGGUCGUCAUCUACAGCAUCCUCAAGGUGCUCAACACUGAGGAGUCGCGCGAGUGGCGCCACCUGGUGACAUCGCUCACGCUGGCCUCGUUCCCUGUGCUCUACACGUUCUCGUUCCUCUACUACACGGACGUGGCGUCGACGCUGUGCGUGCUGCUCAUGUACUCGCUGCACCUGCACCGGCAGCCGGGCACGGCCGCCUGCAUCGGUGCGGUGGCCGUGCUAGUGCGGCAGACCAACGUCAUCUGGGUGGGCGUGCUGGCGGCUCUGGCCUGCUCCGACUUCAUGGUCUCCACGCUGGCCGCCUCCAAGUCGGCCGGCCGCCGCAAGACGGUGGACCCGUGCUCGCCCCGGAUCGUGCGGGACGUGCUCCAUUUCUACUCGGCCCACAUGAAGAAGGACCCGCUGAACUUCGCCGAGGCGCUGACGGACGUGCUGUACGAGGGCGUGCAGUACGUGCUGGUGUGCGUCGGAUUCGCCGCCUUCGUGGUCUGGAACGGCGGCCUGGUGGUGGGCGACCGGUCGGCGCACGAGGCCGUGCUGAACGCGCCCCAGCUGCUCUACUUCCUGGCCACGGCUGCCGGCUUCCUGGCGCCGCUAACACUCGAGUCCGCCGACGAGGUUGCGGCGCUCGUGCCGCAGCGGCUGCUGGAGUUCCGCUACUUCAUCCUGCCGUUUCUGCUGCUGCGCCUCCACCUGCGGCCGCCAGGGGCGCUGGCGUGCCUGGCCGAGUGCGCGCUGUACGCCACGGUGAACGCCGCCACGCUGUACCUGUUCACGGUGAAGACGUUCACGUGGGAGGACCAGCCGGGCCUGCAGCGCAUCAUCUGGUGAGCCCCGGACGAGCGGCGCGUCAGGCGGCGCCGCUCUGCCACGGCCUGCGGGGCGGAGCUCCCGCUCCCGCCGCCCCAGCCCACUCCACCGGCGGCUACCAUGUCAUACGAUGGCGACUGAGAAGA